AUGGCGAUGUCCCCGUCUCUUGAGACCCUACCGCCAGAGGUGCUCAUCUGCAUCUUCUCAUUCUUGGACGUUCCGGACCUACUGCAAGUGAGUCGUACAUGUCAUGUACUCCGCAAUUUGGCCUGCGAUCCCUUGCUUCAUCUCGAGCGCCUGCAUCAUGCCUCCUAUACACUAUCGAUCGCCCUUGCACGACGACCAUUGAAAUCCUCCAUCAGUCCACCCAACUCUUGGAUAUGGUUGAGCAAGACCAACGUUCUCUCUCGACAAAUUAGCAAGAGCCUCAUCCGCAUACGCCUGAGUCACAACCUCGAGCACAGGCCCAGUCCACAUGAAUUGGUUGAAAGAGCAAUCCUACCGUCUACCUGCACGAGCUACUCCUCCCCAGUGUCUCCAGCUCUGAUACAAUCGCAACAAGCAGUUCAACGGCGGAGGUUGAUGGACGGACUUGGUCGCAAGCUAGAGCGCAGACCAAGCAUGAACAGUCUAGUGUCUCUCAACAUUAUGCCCGAAGAAUGUGUUCGACGAAGCGUCUCUCCGGCCAUCGUGGCCACACGUCGCAAAGUGAUUCGAGAAGGCCUGAAAGAUGGUCUACGUGCUUGGGUGGAAGGUCGUGCAAUACAGGCGCAGAAAAGGAAAGCAGAUGAGAUGGAAGCCGCUGAGAAGACAACUGUCAAGAGUCUUGUUCGUAGAUUCGCAGCCAAAAGGCUUGCCCAAGAGAUGGGAGAGGAUCUUAACCCUGUAAGUCUAGAGAAGAGAAGGGCGCAAGUCAAAUGGGGAAGGGAGGUCGAGAUAGCGCGGAGGGAUGAGGAGAGAAGAGCUGCAGCACAUGGCGCUUGUGCUCAGCCGACUAGAGCACAUGUUCUCGGACUGAGGAAGUUCUGGGAAGGGGUUAUUAGGGCAGCUGCAGGAUAA